CCUGCAUUAAGCGUAGAAGGACACCUGAUACUCUAACGAGGGGCGCUUAACAGCAUCUCCAAUAUUGCUGGGUAAAGCUAGGAUAUAGAGCUUUUUAGCUUAAGCUGAUUCAAGUUUUAUUUUGUUUUAUUUUGCAUUAACUGCUUUUUAUUGUAAUCAAUUUUAUUGUUGCGUUUGCCUUCCGUGAGUCUUUACUACAAACUGAGCCUCGACAAAGAACAACCACAAGGUAGUCUUCUACGUCAUUCCUGAAGGACUUCAACCUGCCGGCAGACUGAAUGGAAGCAGCACAGGAAGACGGUUCUGAUGUGUCUGGAGAGAUUCCUGCGUCAGACUCACACACUCUCGGAUCAGACUCACACAGUCUCGGAUCAGACUCACACAGUCUCGGAUCAGACUCACACACUCUCGGAUCAGACUCACACACUCUCGGAUCAGACUCACACACUCUCAGAUCAGACUCACACACUCUCAGAUCAGACUCACACACUCUCAGAUCAGACUCACACACUCUCGGAUCAGACUCACACACUCUCGGAUCAGACUCACACACUCUCAGAUCAGACUCACACACUCUCGGAUCAGACUCACACACUCUCGGAUCAGACUCACACACUCUCAGACAGUGAUGAUGACGUCUGGAGGCGCUUCGAGCAGAUGCUGCAGCAGCAGAGCGUCUCUCACACACACACACACUCGCAGCCGCUCGUCCUGCUGCUGGACGACAACUUCUACUACCAGAGCAUGAGAUACCAGAUCCACCAGCUGGCCAGAAAGUACGGUGUGGGUUUCUGUCAGGUGUUCCUGCGCUGUCCGCUGCACGUGUGUCUCCAGAGGAACCAGCAGAGAUCGCAGAGCAUUCCUGAUGAAGUGCUGCUCCACGUCUGUGAGCGAAUGGAGCCUCCAAACCCCAGCAGAAACCGCUGGGAGCAGCAGAGCCUGACGCUGGACGGCACUGACCGCAUCGCAGACCUGCAGAAGCUGAUGGACUUGUUGGCGUCGGCGCUGGAGAACCCAUUGAGGCCCGUCCAGGACGAGUCGCAGCAGAAGGAGGCAGACCGUCAGAUCUGUGCGUCCAGCGUUCUUCAUCAGGCCGAUCAGACCUGCAGACGUCUGGUUUCUCAGGCCGUGGCUUCGGCUCGCGAAGCGCAGGCGUCUCCAGACGUGCUGAAGGCUCUUGCUAAAGAGCUGAAUGAGCUGAAGACUCGUUUCCUGCAGGAUCUGAAGAAGGACGUUCUUCACCAAGUGUCUGUUUUCCCAGAGGAGGAGCUGCUGAUGGACGUGAUGGCAGGGUUCGAGCGCCGCACGAGAGACUGUGUCCAGACCCGAGUCAACAUCACUGAAACCCCUGAUCAUGUGACCAAUGCUUACUCUUUCUGAAGGACUGUGAAAAAGAUUUUAUUUCAGAAGAUAGUUUUUGUAAAUGUUGAUUUUCAUUUGGAGAUUCAUUUAGUGCUGUUGUUUGUUUUGUUCAUCAUGUGUGCACACUGUGAUUAUUGUUAAUAUUCCUGUAUGAAUCAGUCAAUAAAACUCAGAUUCAGUGAAUCUGUAUUAUUAUCA